AUGGAAGCUCAAGGUCAUGGUGAUAGGGCUUCUCAACGUGAGAUUGUUGGCCAACAGGGUAGGAAUGUAAAGGAUGAGGCAGAGUCUAGGGGUAGUACUGAUCAUGAAUUAGAAUAUGAGGCUAGGGCUCAUGUAGAUAAUCAACCAAUACCUCCUCCGCCUCCAGUUAUACCUGUCUUACAGCUAGAUCCUGCUAUCUUAGCACAAACUAUUAUUGCUACUCUGCAAGCUCAGAAGACAAGAAGAAAACCUGGGGAUAUCAUAGAACUUGCUAAGAAGUGUGGGGCAUUUGAUUUUCAUGGCUCCAUUGAUUUCAAAGAAGCAGAUAGAUGGCUCAGAGCUAUUGAUAAGUCAUUUAACACUUUAGAGCUGACAGAUGCGCAGAAGGUCAGUAAUGUUUAUGGCUUGCUACAUGAUACAACAAAUGCAUGGUUUGCUAGGAUCAGAUUGUUAUUAGGAGAUCAGUUGACCUGGGAGAUAUUUAAGACUGAGUUCCGCAAGGAGUAUUUAACUAAAGCAUACAGUUCAGAGAGACAUAAUGAGUUUAUUGCUCUUAAGCAAGGUUCAAUGACAGUGCGUGAAUAUAUUGACAGAUUUGAAGAACUUUACAAGUUUUCUUCAGAAAUCUUUCCCACGGAAGCUCCAAAAUGUUACAAAUUCAAAGAGGGGCUGCAAACUGUUUUGAAGAAUGAGCUAUCAUUGUACGAGGGAACACAAUUCAGAGGUUGGGUAGAGAAGGCGAUAGAAAAAGAAAAGCUGAAAGAAGGGCUUGAACAAGAGAGUAAACAAAAAAGACCUCAGUCACAUGAUAUCAAUUUCUCAGCGAGACAACCAACAUCUAGUGUCGGUAGUGUGGCUAGCAAGAAGAGAUCUAUAACUUGCUUUGAGUGUGGUGGCAUGGGACAUAUUGGGAGGGAUUGUCCUAAUAUCGCACAAUUUAGCUCAGGUCGUGGUAGAGGUUUCCAAGGUACUGCAAAUAGAGGUGGUCGAACGUCAGUCUUUGAUAGAGGUUCAGGUCGAGGUUCUGGCUUUAAUGCGAAUAAGGAAGGCGAAGCCUCAACUUCAACACAACCUACGCAAGGUACUCAGAAUACUAGACCUGCUGUACAACCUAGAGUAUUUGCUUUGACUCAACAAGAGGCAGCGGCUUCUCCAGAUGUUAUUUUUGGUAGGUUAACUAUCUUUGAUAGGGAUGCUUAUGUUUUAAUUGACCCUGGUGCAAUAAAUUCUUUCAUUGUGUCAUCAUUCAUAUCAUGCAUACCUCGAGAUAAGAGUGUGAUGAAUCAUGCUUUAGUUGUAGAUUGCCAGUGGAUUGGGGAUCAUAAGUUUGAGGUAGAUUUAAUACCUUUUACUCUUCGGAUGUUUGAUGUUAUAGUUGGUAUGGAUGUUUUAUCCAAAUACAAAGCAGUUGUUGAUUGUUAUAGAAAGAGGGUGCAUUUUCAAUUACUAGUACAUGGUGAAGUUGUAUUCAAAGGCUUACCACCAGAUAGAGAGAUUGAAUUUAGUGUUGAUUUGCAAUCAGGCACUAACCCUAUUUCUCAAGCUCCGUAUAGAAUGGCUCCAGCUGAGUUGAAAGAACUGAAAGUGCAGUUGCAAGAACUGCUUGAUAAAAAUUACAGACAACUGAACAAGGUUACAAUUCGCAACAAGUAUCCUUUACCUCGAAUAGAUGACUUAUUUGAUCAACUACAAAGAGCUAGAGUAUUCUCCAAAAUUGACUUGAGAUAUGGUUAUCAUCAAUUGAAGAUUAAGAAUCCAGAUGUUCCUAAGACUGCAUUUAGGACUCGAUAUGGUCAUUAUGAAUUCCUUGUUAUGCCGUUCGGGUUAACUAAUGCUCCAGUUGCUUUCAUGGAUUUGAUGAAUAGAGUUUUCAAGCCUUAUCUACAUAGCUUUGUGAUUGUAUUCAUCGAUGAUAUCUUAGUGUAUUAUAGAUCCGAGGAGGAGCAUGUAGAACACUUGAGACUUGUGUUGCAGACUUUAAGAGAAAAACAGUUUUACGCCAAGUUUAGCAAGUGUGAAUUCUUGUUAGAGAAAGUUGUAUUUCUUGGCCAUGUCAUCUCAGUAGAGGGAAUUUAUGUUGAUCCUAAAAAGGUGGAAGCUAUAAUUAACUGGAAUUCUCCGAAUAAUGUACAUGAGGUACGCAGUUUUCUAGGUUUGGCUGGUUAUUACAGAUGGUUUGUGAAAAACUUUUAUAUUAUUGCCUCACCAUUAACAAAGCUACUACGUAAGGAUGUGAAAUUUGUAUGGAUUCAACAAUGUCAGAAUAGCUUUGAUGCUUUGAAGGACUGUUUAACUUCAGCUUCAGUUUUGACACUUCCGGUUACAGGUUUAGGGUAUGUUGUAUACAGCGAUGCUUCCAAGAAUGGGUUGGGUUGUGUUUUGAUGCAGCAGAGAAAGGUAAUUGGUUAUGCUUCAAGGCAAUUAAGACCACAUGAACUGAAUUAUCUUACACAUGAUCUAAGGCUAACAGCAGUGAUAUUUGCUUUGAAGAUAUGGAGACAUUACCUAUAUGGUGAGAAAUGUCUUGUCUACACUGAUCAUAAAAGUUUGAAGUACAUACUGAGUCAAAAAGAACUGAAUUUGAGACAACGAAGAUGGAUUGAACUUCUGAAAGAUUAUGAUCUUACAAUAGAGUAUCACCCUGGAAAAGCUAAUUUAGUAGCUGAUGCCCUUAGCAGGAAAUCUUCAUGUAAUCUGUUUUAUAUACACACGGUAAAGAUUCCAUUAUUGCUUGAACUGAGAAAACUUAAAGUAGAAUUAAGUGAAAUUGAAAAUGGAGCUUUAUUAGCUACUUUGAAGGUUCGUCCAAUUUUGAUUAAAAGAAUUAGGGAUACUCAGAAUCAGAAUGAGAAAUUAGUGAAAUUCAGAGGUGAAGUUCAGCAGGAUAAUAAAAAUGAGUUUAAUGUUUCUGAUGAUGGCACUUUACUGUACAAAGGUAGAUUAUGUGUUCCUAAUAUUGAUAUACUGAAAAGAGAAAUAAUUAAGUUAAAGCAAAGCACCAACAUCCAGCAGGUAAACUAUCCUCUUGAUAAACUUGCUGAGAUUUACACUAGGGAGAUAGUUAGACUACACGGUGUUCCAUAUUCUAUUGUGUAUGAUAAGGAUCCUAGAUUUACAUCCAGAUUUUGGCAAAGCUUACAACAUCCAUUAGGUACUAAAUUGAAAUUUAGUACAUCGUUUUAUCCUCAGACAGAUGGGCAAUCAGAACGAACUAUUCAAACCUUAGAGGAUAUGUUACGUGCAUGCAUGAUUGAAUUUCAAGGUAGUUGGGAUAAAUAUGUGCCACUCAUGGAGUUUGCAUACAACAAUAGCUAUCAUUCUAGUUUGGGAAUGGCUCCUUAUGAAGCAUUAUAUUUGGCUUACAAAUUAGCCUUACCUCCAAAGUUAUUGCAGAUUCAUAAUGUCAUUCAUGUUUCAAUGCUACGGAGAUACAGGAGUGAUCCUAGUGACAUCUUACAGGUUCAGACUGUAGAGUUAAUGUAUGAUUUAUCAUAUGAAGAAGAACCAGUUGAUAUUUUAGCAAAGGAAGAUAAAGAGUUAAGAAAUAAGGUUAUUCCUUUAGUAAAAAAAUUUUAUCCUUGGUAUGUUGAACGGCACUUGAUUGAUGGUCAGUGA